AUGUUCGGGAUCCAGGACAACCUGCCCCGCGGGGCCACGGCCAGCAUGAAGGAGGAGCCGCUAGCUGUUCGCUCUUGGAUGCACUCGGCCGGCGUGGUGGACGCCAACACGGCCGCUCAGAGCGGGGUGGGGUUAGCUCGUGCUCACUUUGAGAAGCAGCCUCCAUCAAACCUCAGGAAGUCGAACUUCUUCCACUUUGUUUUGGCGCUGUACGACCGUCAGGGUCAGCCGGUCGAGAUCGAACGCACCGCCUACGUCGACUUCGUGGAAAAAGACAAGGAGCCGACGGGAGAGAAGACAAACAACGGGAUUCAUUACAAACUGCAGCUGCUCUACAGUAAUGGUGUGAGAACGGAACAGGACCUCUACGUCCGACUCAUCGACUCCAUGACCAAACAGGCGAUCAUCUAUGAAGGUCAGGACAAGAACCCAGAGAUGUGCAGAGUUCUGCUCACACAUGAGAUCAUGUGCAGUCGCUGCUGUGAUAAGAAGAGCUGUGGAAACAGAAAUGAGACACCGUCAGACCCUGUCAUCAUCGACAGGUUCUUCUUGAAGUUCUUCCUCAAGUGUAACCAGAACUGUCUGAAGAACGCUGGAAACCCACGAGACAUGAGGAGGUUUCAGGUGGUGAUGUCUACGACGGUGAACGUUGACGGCCAUGUUCUCGCCGUCUCUGACAACAUGUUCGUGCACAACAACUCCAAACAUGGCCGCCGAGCCCGGAGACUGGAUCCGUCUGAAGGUGAAUCACCCCAGUGGCUUAUGGCAGCCACUCCCUGUAUUAAAGCCAUCAGUCCCAGCGAGGGCUGGACGACAGGCGGAGCCACCGUCAUUCUGAUCGGGGACAACUUCUUUGACGGCCUGCAGGUGGUCUUCGGCACCAUGCUGGUGUGGAGCGAGUUGAUCACCCCUCACGCCAUCCGGGUCCAGACCCCCCCUCGCCACAUCCCCGGUGUCGUGGAGGUCACGCUGUCCUACAAAUCCAAACAGUUCUGUAAAGGAGCGCCGGGACGCUUCGUCUACACAGCGCUAAACGAGCCAACUAUAGAUUACGGCUUCCAGAGGUUACAGAAGGUCAUCCCUCGUCACCCCGGAGACCCAGAGAGACUUCCCAAGGAGGUGUUGCUGAAGAGAGCAGCCGACCUGGUGGAGGCGCUGUACGGGAUGCCUCACAACAACCAGGAGAUCAUCCUGAAGAGGGCAGCAGAUAUCGCUGAAGCUCUCUACAGCGUUCCAAGGAACCACAACCAGAUCCCGUCGCUAGGCAACAGCACCUCCCACAGCAUGAUGGGUGUAAACUCAUUUAGCGGACAACUGGCCGUCAACGUCUCAGAGACAACGCAAGGUACGAGAGACUUCGGUUACAGUCGGAACACAAGCAGCGUGUCGCCACGGGGAUAUGUCCCCACCUCCACCCCCCAACAGAGUAACUAUGGCAACACCGUCAAUAACAGCAUGAACGGUUACGGCAACUCGGGUAUGCCGAACCUCGGAGUGACAUCAUCACCAGGUUUCCUCAACGGGUCGUCUGCCAGCUCUCCCUACGGCAUUGUUCCCUCCAGUCCCACGAUGGCCGUCUCCAACUGUAACUCGUCUCAUGGAGUUUUCUCCUUCUCUGCUGCCGUCAAACAGAAGAGCGCCUUCGCUCCUGUUGUCCGACCGCCGUCGUCUCCACCUCCUCCACCCAACUGCUCUGCAAACAACGGACUGCAGGCCAUGUCCGGCCUCGUCGUCCCGCCCAUGUAA